CCCAGCUAUGCCAGCUAUGCCAGCUAUACCAUAGCAGCCAUACACUGUACAGUAGCCAUACAGUAAACCAUAGUAGCUCUGCAUUCUGCUCGACAAUGGACGCAUGCAGGACUACCGGUAUGGCCCCCUUCCACACCAUUCGGCCCACCUGGGUAGCUAUUUCGAUCCACUCAACAAGAUUACCGCUGUUUACUGCUCAUGGUCAUGGUUUACCGCUUGUCCUUCCUCCUUCCACCCUGUCAUGAUGUGGUUUAAAAGGCUCAUCCUCGCCGUCUCAUUGUCCUGACCAUUCCACAUCCUCAAUCCACCAAUUCACUCUCCUACCACAACCAAUCCCCCAAAAUCAACAAUCCGUAGCCAUGGCUCCCAGAAUCGCUAUCGUCUACUACUCGAUGUACGGCCACAUCAAGCAAUUGGCCUUGGCUGAGAAGAAGGGUAUUGAGGCUGCCGGUGGUAGCGUCGACCUCUACCAGAUCCCCGAGACCCUCUCCGAGGAUGUCCUCGCCAAGAUGCACGCACCCGCAAAGGACGCUGAUGUCAAGGUCCUCGACAACCCCUCCAUCCUCGAGGAGUACGAUGCUUUCCUCUUCGGUAUCCCCACCCGCUACGGUAACUUCCCCGCCCAGUGGAAGACCUUCUGGGACAAGACCGGCAAGCAGUGGGCCAACGGCUCCUACUGGGGCAAGUACGCUGGUGUCUUCAUCUCCACCGGCACCAUGGGUGGUGGCCAGGAGUCCACUGCCAUCGCCGCCAUGUCCACCCUUGCCCACCACGGCAUCAUCUACGUUCCUCUCGGAUACAAGAACACCUUCGCCCAGCUCGCCAACUUGACCGAGAUCCACGGUGGAUCCCCAUGGGGUGCCGGUACCUUCGCCGCCGGCGACGGGUCCCGCCAGCCCACCGCUCUCGAGCUCGAGAUCGCCGAGCUCCAGGGCAAGGGCUUCUACUCCCAAGUCUCCAAGGUCUCCUUCGCGUGACUACAUGAUGGUGCGCAGGACAAGCAGGCCACAGAGGGAGCCACUACACAAGACACCUCCUCCGCAGCAGCAGCACCCGCCGCCGCGAAGAAGACAGAGGCAUCCGGUCCCCAGGAGAAGACGUCCGAGAAGGACGACGAGGGUCCCUGUGGAUUGCCCAAAAAGUGCGAGGUCAUGUGAGGCGCCUCUCUGUUCAAUGUGUAGUCUCUCUUUUCCCACUUGUUAUAAAACCCG